AUUUUAAAAACACAAUAUAAAUAAAUGAAAUCUAAAACAAAUUCAAGUGUAUAAAGACACGAGGGAGUAAUAAGUUAACUUUAAACAAUCAAACAGAAGUGAAAAAAGGUUCAUUGUACGUAGACGCGCUGUCGAAAAGGCGGCUUGGUAAGUAGUAGAAUCUGGGACAAAGGACAUUUGUCAAACACGUAACCUAUAUAUACACUUUAAUCUUCCCAGAAGGGGGAAAAUUAAACACCGUGGGGAAAAAUCCAGGAUGCAGGCGGCAACGAUCACUUGCCGGUGUUUUAGGGCUCGGGAGCUCUUGAUUACCCGAGCUCCAGCCUUGGUUAAUUGUUACCGAUCGAGCUAUUCGCCGGCCAUCAAUGGCAGAAACCAUCUCCACCUUGGAAUUCCCUCCAGAAGCUCUCCAAUUACCCCAAUUUCAACCAGACAAUUAUCCACCAAGCACAACCCCUGGAGUGCUUCCAGAGCUUCUCCUUCUUUCCUUCGUAACGUCAAAGCUUUCGUCGCUGAUGUGCCUACCAAUCCCUCCCCCGGAAGCAAUGGUUCAAUGCCUAAUGGGUUUGGUGCUGGGAGGUUUUCAACUGCAGCUCGUAGGGAUGAGGAUGAGGGAAAGAAGCCUGCCGAGAAGAAGCAAGUGGCUACAGUCUCAGCUGACCAAAUUCCAGAUGCUAAAAUUAUGCAAACAUUGGCAAAGUAUUUAUGGUUGAAGGAUAAUCAUGAAUUUCGGCUAAGGGUGCUUGCUGCUUUGGGUUUCUUGGUUGGCGCCAAAGUGUUGAAUGUUCAGGUGCCAUUCUUGUUUAAGCUUGCUGUUGAUUGGUUGACCACAGCUACUGGGAACGCUGGUGCUCUUGCUGAGUUUAGUGCUGCUAAUUCAACUAUGUUGGCACUUUUUGUGAGCCCAGCUGCGGUUUUGGUUGGCUAUGGAAUAGCACGAGCUGGGGCCUCUGCUUUCAACGAAUUGCGAACGGCAGUGUUCUCCAAAGUGGCUUUGCGAACCAUCCGGUCAGUUUCCAAGAAGGUGUUCUCUCAUUUGCAUGAACUUGAUCUGCGGUAUCAUCUAAGUCGUGAAACUGGUGGCUUGAAUCGAAUUAUCGAUCGUGGUAGCCGUGCUAUCAAUUUUAUUCUAUCAUCCAUGGUGUUCAAUGUUGUACCGACGAUAUUAGAGAUAUCCAUGGUAUCAGGUAUUCUUGCUUACAAAUUUGGAGCACCAUUUGCAUGGAUCACUUCCCUCUCAGUAGCAACUUAUAUUGCGUUCACUUUGACCGUGACACAGUGGAGAACUAAGUUCAGAAAGGAAAUGAACAAAGCUGAUAAUGAUGCAAGUACAAGGGCGAUUGAUUCUCUUAUAAAUUACGAGACAGUCAAGUAUUUCAAUAAUGAACCCUACGAGGAAGAAAAGUACGACGAAUUCCUGAAGAGAUAUGAAGAUGCAGCUCUAAAAACACAAAGGAGUUUAGCAGUUCUUAACUUUGGCCAGAACGUGAUCUUCAGUGUUGCACUUUCAGCUGCAAUGGUGUUGUGCUCAAAUGGAAUCAUGAGUGGUCAGUUGACUGUCGGUGAUCUGGUUAUGGUGAAUGGCCUGCUGUUCCAGUUAUCUCUUCCCCUGAACUUCCUUGGAAGUGUAUAUCGUGAAACAGUGCAGAGUUUGGUGGACAUGAAGUCCAUGUUUCAAUUACUUGAGGAGAAAGCUGAUAUUAGAGAUGCUGAUGAUGCUAAGCCUCUAAAGUUAGAAGAGGGCAGCAUUCAAUUUGAAAACGUUCAUUUCAGUUAUUUGUCGGAGAGAAAGAUUCUGGAUGGGAUAUCUUUUCUCGUUCCUGCUGGGAAAAGUGUGGCUAUUGUUGGAACCAGUGGUAGUGGUAAAUCAACAAUCCUUAGACUACUGUUCAGGUUUUUUGAUCCUGAUUCUGGGCAUGUAAGAAUAGAUGGGCAAGAUGUCCAGAAGGUUACACUUGAGAGUCUUCGGAAAUCUAUUGGUGUGGUUCCUCAAGAUACUGUAUUGUUCAACGACACCAUAUAUCACAACAUCCAUUAUGGUCGUCUCUCAGCAACAGAAGAGGAGGUUUACGAUGCUGCUCGAAGGGCAGCCAUUCAUGAUACCAUCAUGAAUUUUCCGCUGAAGUAUUCUACUGUUGUUGGGGAACGUGGACUUAAGUUAAGUGGUGGUGAAAAGCAGAGGGUGGCCCUAGCUCGUGCUUUCCUGAAAGCACCUGCAAUAUUGCUUUGUGAUGAAGCUACAAGUGCCCUUGAUAGCACAACAGAAGCAGAAAUCUUGAAUGCGUUGAAGGCUCUUGCAAAUAAUCGUACUUCAAUUUUUAUCGCUCAUAGGCUUACCACAGCAAUGCAAUGUGAUGAGAUUAUCGUCUUAGAGAAUGGGAAAGUCGUGGAACAAGGACCACAUGACAUUCUCUUGGCAAAUCCUGGGAGAUACGCUCAGCUUUGGACACAACAAAACAGUACUGUAGAUUCACUUGACACGGCAAUCAAAUUGGAGGCAUGAUUUAUCUUCUUUUAUAUUAUAUUUAUGAUUAGUUUGUGUAGAGGGUGAAGGAUUAUACAUAGGGGAAGAUUAAGUCUUCUUCCCAUCAAAUUUUACUCAAGUUAUAUUUACACAUAGUGUAGAUAUUUAGCUCUUACAUCAAGUAGUAUGGGAAUUGAUCAAGUACCAUUUGUUGUUGUAACCUGCUUUUGCCUUCUUUUUUGGUUUUGAAUUUCAUUUAUAUAAAUCUUUAUACAACAGAGGACUAGUAUUCUUUUUCUGUAGUUGACAUAACUGCUACAAAUUCAAUUUGUAGUUUUGAUCAUUAACCAUUGUUUGCUAAUACAAGUAAUUUUAGGACAGAAGAAACUCAUCAAGCAGAAGUCCUGUAAAUUUCCCUGCCUUCCCUGUAAUGUGGAUGAAGUUGCUGAAUAAUUGAGUUUAGCCUUUGCAGCAGGCGUGACGAUCUCAACUACCUUCUCUGGCAUGUCUUUGAGGUAAAAUAUUCAGGGUCAGAGUCUUCAACCUCUCCAGUGAUACAGCCAAACACGUGACUUCUAUACAACAAGAAGCAAGACUUGCAGGUUUCUUUUCUGUCUGAAAGGUUACAUGCUCCUAGAACCAGAACCAAAAAUGAUGUAAAAUUAAUCAAACC